AUGAGCGGAGCUUAUGUGAGCGCAAACUCGGGGGGUCACGUAUGGCUGGACACACCUCGGGGGGUUCUGGGAGGAUGCUUCCGUUGCGGUUCCAAGAAGAUGAGAGCAUGCCAGUGCUUCCAAGACGUUCUCACGAACCAGCACAUCAGCGAGCACUGCGAUGCGUUUGCGGAGCACCGACAGGGUCGAGUGGGAGGGAGGAAGGAGUCUGUCCUAUCUCGGCUGUCGAUGCGGACCUCAACUCCCGAGAUGGAAGGAGCGAGGAUGUCGCCAGACAACCUCGCUGUCGACGGGACGGGGCGCGUGCAGACGCUCCUGGAGCAGCUCAAGAAGUGGCGGGAAGAAGGACUUAUCGACGAGGAAGAGUACAAACAGGAGAAGGCAAAUGCGCUCAAGACGCUUAUCCCCUCAACGAACAACACUCGCUCCUCCUCGUCCCUAGGAUACACGUCGACUUACUCGUCUCACUACGUCGAGCAGAAGCCGCUCAAUGAGACUGGCCUGAAGCUUGUCGGGGAGGAAGAGGACAACGACUACGAGGCAGGAAGCAACGUGCCAAAGGCAAGGAUCGACUACUUGUUCAACCAGCUCCGGCAGAUCUGCUAUCGCAAAGUCAAAGGAAACGGGAGUGAUGUGUCUGUCAGAGAAAUUUUUCGGCAUUUUGAUAACAACAAGAACGGCUCCAGUCCCGGCAUCGACAUGGACGAGUUUUCCGACGCCGUGAAGCGACUCAUGCUGGGCAACCACGAGGGAGGCAUCAUUACUGAGGAAGAAGCUCGCCUGCUAUUUAACCGCAUCGACGCCGACGGGAGCGGCUCCAUCGACUACAGGGAGAUCGCCUCCACAUUGUCGCUGCCAGGAUGGGACAUCCGCUAUCUCAACAAGAAGAGCAACAUCUUACUGUAG